AUGUCAUCGGAUCACGUCAUUAUCCUGAUCACCACCGUCACUGCGAUUCUAUCUUAUUCGAGCUUGUCCAAUGCCUUAUUACAUUCCGGUAGUGUCUCUCAUGGUAUUUCCGAAAGCGACUAUUUCUUGACGACCAAUGAGCUCUGGUUUAACCAAACCCUAGAUCAUUUCUCACCUUACGAUCAUCGUAAAUUCAGACAGAGAUAUUUUGAAUUCAUGGAUUACUUUAGAGCUCCAGAUGGUCCUGUCUUUAUGAUAAUAUGCGGUGAAGGUCCUUGCAGUGGCAUAGCUAAAGAUUAUAUAACUAAAUCUUUGAAUGUUAAGUUGAAUAGAAGUAGUGGUGAUAGUGACAAUCCUUGGUUCUUCUUUGGUGUUUCUUAUCCUGGAGCUUUAAGUGCGUGGUUUCGGCUUAAGUUCCCUCAUUUGACUUGUGGAAGUCUCGCUAGCUCUGCGGUUGUUCGUGCCGUUCGUGACUUCUCUGAGUUUGAUCAGCAGAUUAGUGAGUCAGCUGGUCAAGAAUGCAAAGCUGCAUUACAGGAGACUAAUAAACUCUUGGAAUUAGGGCUUAAAGUAAAAGCAAAGGCGGUGAAAUCGCUCUUUAACGCCACCGAGCUUGGUGUUGAUGCUGAUUUCUUAUUCUUCACCGCAGAUGCAGCGGUUAUGGCGUUCCAAUAUGGAAAUCCAGAUAAACUAUGUGUCCCGCUUGUUGAAGCAAAGAAGAAUGGUAUUGAUUUAGUGGAAACAUAUUCUAAAUAUGUUAGAGAUUAUUGCAUUGGAGUUUGGGGCCUAAGAGCUAGAAUGUAUAACCGAAGAAAUCUGAGAAACACAGUUGUUACCGCAGAUAGUACAUAUCGGCUAUGGUGGUUCCAAGUUUGCACAGAGCUAGCAUAUUUCCAAGUGGCACCUUCAAAUGAUAGCGUUCGAUCGCACCAAAUCAAUACAGAGUACCAUUUGGAUUUGUGCAAGAGCCUUUUUGGGAGAAGUGUAUACCCUAAAGUUGAUGCAACAAACCUGUUCUACGGAGGAGAUAGAAUCGCAGCAACCAAAAUCAUCUUCACAAAUGGGUCACAAGAUCCAUGGCGUCAUGCUUCCAAACAAACCUCCUCUCCUGAAUUGCCUUCUUACACCAUGGACUGCCAUAAUUGUGGCCACGGAGCUGAUCUCAGAGGAUGCCCUCAAGCUCCAAUUGUCAUUGAAGGUAAAUCAAAUAAUUGCAGCUCACCAGAUGCUGUAAACAAAGUGAGACAACAUAUGGUGAAACACAUCGACUUGUGGUUGUCCGAAUGUCGUGGAUCUACUAGGAGUUCUAUGUAG